AUGGAAAGGCCGAAGUCUGAAUAUGGAACGAAAGAGAAUUUCAACUCAACGAUCUUCGACGGUGAGGCGACAAAAGAAACUCCUUGGGGUGCGAUGCCAGUUUUCAUCGCCGUGUUUCUCAUUGUCCUCGUUUUGAUGACAACAACUGGCAACCUUGUGGUCUGUCGUCUUUUCUGGGUUUGUCGACGCAUGCGUAUACCGUCCUUCUAUUUUGUUGUCAGCAUGUCGUUUUCUGAUUUCCUUAUGGGGGUAUUGGUCAUCCCAAUGGGCCUAGCAUAUCACAUGACCUUCCAAACAACAGGUAACAAAUAUGAUCGCCUCUAAAAGCUUCGCCGUAGUGAGGGACAGGGAUUCCCUAACAAAAUGUUUUUAUUCGAUUUUCUUUCCUUCUCUUAAGAAAUAUUUUUGUAUUCCUUGGAAACUCUCUCCUCCGAAGAGGCCUGUUUGUUUGGUAGGGAGGCGGAGGAGAAAUAAAAAGAAAGCGAGCAGGAGGNCUGAAUAUGGAACGAAAGAGAAUUUCAACUCAACGAUCUUCGACGGUGAGGCGACAAAAGAAACUCAUUGGGGUGCGAUGCCAGUUUUCAUCGCCGUGUUUCUCAUUGUCCUCGUUUUGAUGACAACAACUGGCAACCUUGUGGUCUGUCGUCUUUUCUGGGUUUGUCGACGCAUGCGUAUACCGUCCUUCUAUUUUGUUGUCAGCAUGUCGUUUUCUGAUUUCCUUAUGGGGGUAUUGGUCAUCCCAAUGGGCCUAGCAUAUCACAUGACCUUUCAAACAACAGGUAACAAAUAUGAUCGCCUCUAAAAGCUUCGCCGUAGUGAGGGACAGGGAUUCCCUAACAAAAUGUUUUUAUUCGAUUUUCUUUCCUUCUCUUAAGAAAUAUUUUUGUAUUCCUUGGAAACCCUCUCCUCCGAAGAGGCCUGUUUGUUUGGUAGGGAGGCUGUGGAGAAAGAAAAAGAAAGCGUGCAGGAGGAGAUGGGAAGAGCCCCAUCGCCCCUCGCGAGCUUUCUGUUUUUCGAUCAUUGCCAUUUUUAUUGGGAUACCCAACGGGAGCCUCUGCGGAGGAGAGAGCCCUGGAAACGAUCAAGAAAAAUUGUUUACACGAUGGUUCCAUGGUUACGACUCUUGUCGCAAUAUGCUAUACACGUUUCUGCCAUUUUCAACCUUUUCUCUUCACAAAACAUGCAAAAGGCAGCAAAAUACAUAAUUAUACUUCGUGGUUACGAUGGCUGAACACAGUUUUCUGGAUUGCUUUUAAUACCCCCUAUCCCGAGGAGAUACGCGGCCAAUAAGCUUUUAGAGAUAAUACAGGUGGUACUGAGAAGUAGAAAAAUGCCCAGAAGUUGUCAGUAAAAUCCUAUUCUGUUUUGGUCGCCUUUUACAUGUCACGUGGUUUUAGCGCGCACAUAGGUGCUGAGCAUGCGUACUAAGGGAGCAACCUGGAAUGUUGACUUUCUUAGGCAAUGUAAACAAACGACAAUAUCUUAAAAUCUACUCAUUAAAAUUUGACGAAAUUUGGCAGAAGUCCUGUUCAUAUCUUUCUUCAGUCAAUGAAAAAUUAAUUUUGAACAAAGGAGUUUCCUGAUACAAACAAGUUUCUCAUGAAAGUUAUUUUCUUAAACAAGUUCAACAACUGUUUGUUACACUUUGGUAAAUACGCUUUUAAAAAAUGGUGGGUUCUGAUUGUUGGAUGUGUGCAAAUUCAUAAAAGAAAUCUAACGACUGAAUUUUGAGUAAACCUAAUAAAUUCAAAAUCUUAGACUUCUUGUUUAUCAUCCAUGUUGCCAUGGCAACGAUCCAAACUUUUAACCUACUAAAUGUAAUUUCUUAUAAAUAUAUUUUGCCUGUGCCAAAGGUGAGCUUCAUACCUGCGAUGAAUCUGAAAUAACACCCAAAUGAAUGGUAACGAUACACAACCUAUCGGACUGUUUUGAGCCGCCUUAAAAUAUACACAUUUUUAAAACAAAACUAAAUGCAAGGCGGCAAUACGGCAAAGGGCUGAUUUAUUUGAGUCCAAUAUUUCGGCUAACAAAAUUAGCCUUCCUCAGGGCCAGAGCUACACUGAAAAAGAAUACUAUAACAGCUCCAAAAAUUUGAAUUUAAAUUUACGUGAGAGGUUAAUGAUAAAUUUAAAAUGAGAACAAUAGAUAGCUUGAUGGAUAGGUAAAAAAAAUAUACAAUAAAGUGAUUGAUAGGUUCAUCCCUUUACCGUAUUGCCAGCCUUGCAUUCAGUUUUGCUUUAAUUCUCACUUCAAGUGACGUCUACGUCUAUCAUCUUUACGUUAAAGAUCCGGCAAGAAAGAAUCAGUCGGUUUUAUUUACGCAUGGAGUGGAACUCUGCUUUCAAGGGUUUUUAUACACAUUUUUGAUGGCUACCAUUUUGGCUGCGUUAGUGGUGGGGGUUCGAGUUAAAUUUUACCUCCGUGGUUCAAACCUUUUUAAAAACGUUCUCAGUACUCACAACCCGGCAUGACAUUUUACGUUAAAUCUGAUCAGACUAUCAUAGAAAAAAUAAGCUUGACCAGGAGCCCAUCAAAUUUGACGGGCUCCUGGCUUGACCAAUUCUUUUUUAAACUAUUUUUGCAGGUCGAUGGAUUUUUGGCAAUUUCCUCUGCAAUCUCUGGUUGUUCCUAAACUUUCUUUUGUGCAGCGCCUCCAUUUUUAACCUGUGCGUGGUCAGCGGUGACCGUUAUAUUGCUGUGACGUCACCACUGAAGUACAUGUCACGCAUGAACGAGCACAGAGUUAAACAAAUCAUUGGGAUCGCUUGGUGUGGGGCAUUGAUUUUGGCUAGCUUUAUAAUUUAUGGUACGAACGCCUCCAAGAACAACAGCAAAAAUUGUUCGAUUUGGGGUUUACAUUACGAGUACUCUAUCGCUCUGCUCGUAGCAGGAUAUGUCCUGCCAGUGUCUUUCCUUGUUUUUGCGAAUGGCAAAGUAUUGUUCAUUGCUCGUACUCAUCUCAACAAAAUUCAUGCUCAGGAGUUUUCGCUUAGUACACUGUCAGAGGCAAGUUGUGGACCAACAACAAGAAGCAAACAAAUGCCCUCAAAGUCAAGAAUAAGACGGGAGAUAAGGAUCUUUAAAACGUUUCUUAUUGUGACAUGCGCAUUCCUCAUUUCUUGGACUCCUUUUGUCGUCAUCCUUUUGAUCGACUCUAUUUUCAACGUACCCGAACUUAUCAGGCAUUCGUCGAUCAUUCUGUUGUAUUGCAAUAGUGCCCUAAAUCCUUUCAUAUAUGGAUUCUAUAACUCAGAAUUUAGAAAAGCACUGUCUGAAAGUUUAGGUUGUAAAUGA